CACAACGUGGUAUCGGCACGCAUCAGGCUGGGCUACAGGCCGGUGUGACAAGUCGCACGGCUGGAGGAAGAGCAGCACUUCACCACUUGUCAACUCUACGAAACUCGGUCCCCGUGCUCGUUGUAUAGAAGUAAGGUUGUUUACGUCACUCUUCUAUUUUUUCCUGCCAUUAAUAUCACUCAAGCUGGAGGAACGGAAGGAAGCUGUGGUACACGGGCCAAGCAUGGCGAGUAGCAUGAUACUGGCAGGCUUGGGCCUCGCCACAGUGGGAUUCGGGGCUCGAUUCGUAAUUCGCACAAUUCCAGCAUUGGGCAAGAAAAUGGCUGAUACCGUUUACAAUGCCCCAAAGCUGGACAGUAAGAUGUUUGCCAGCAGUAAAUACUAUAAAGGUGGAUUUGAACCCAAGAUGACGAAACGAGAAGCAGCGCUUAUCCUUAAUGUGUCUCCUAAUGCAAACCAACAGAAAGUGCGGGCUGCGUAUAAAAGAAUGAUGCUCACAAACCAUCCAGACCGAGGUGGCUCACCGUUCAUCAGCUCCAAGCUCAGUGAGGCCAAGGAUGUGCUGGACAAGUAGUGCACCGCCACAUCACAGACUUACCCCGUAAAUAUUGAGAUUCCGAAAGUAUAAAGAAAGGAAGAGAAGAGGAGGAAGAUAAAAAAGUCUUGAAAGGAGAAAGAAGGGAAGAAGAGAAUAAGAAAAUAUUGUUAACGAAUAGAAAAUUGCAUUAGUUUCUUUUGCAGUCUUUCUCAUCUGUAUAUCUUUUUCUAUUGGAUAAGCUAUCUCUCUCUCUCUCAUCCUAAUAUACUUCCCUCUAUUUUUCCUUUUACCCAAAAUUUUCCUGAGUGUGGAACAGUCCACAAAUAUCACCUAGUUCCAGAAAAACUUGCUUCCAACAAAUAUCAGUUUAUUCACAACAAGGAACACAAUUCAAUUUGAUGCAAGGGAUGCAUCUAUUUUUUCUCCAUCAGCUGAUUGAUGCCAGAUUAUCUUGUGUAAGGCAAUAAUUAUUUUUUCUGAGAAAUUAAUUAGAUUGAACUGAAAAUCACAUCUAAUCCCAAAAGUGCUCAUGUACCACUUGGAAGGCCUUCACAUACCACAAGUUGGGAACCACUUUUUCCUCCUCCUCCUCCUCCCUCUGUAUACAAUUCAGUUAAAGGAAAAAGACAAAAGGCUGUAUUUGCAUUGUAUUUUAUUGUUAGUAUAAUAUUUAUUAGAGAAUUUUGUUGUGGGGGUGCUGUAUGGUGUGAGUGUGGGUUUGUCAACAUACUGUGGGGGACAUGCUGUGGGCUGAGAGAGAGAGAGAGAGAGAGAGAGAGAGAGAGAGAGAGAGAGAGAGAGAGAGAGAGAGAGAGAUAUAGUUGUUUUUUUUGGGGGGAUGCAAUUGUGGGUUUGUCCCUGUGAGGGACAUGCUGUGGGCUACAAUUAUAGGAAACGAUAUAUGAAAGCACUAAUGAAAAUUAUAGUUACUACUAUUACUGAAAAUAAGUAAUUACUACUACUACUGAAAAUUAGUUACUAUUAUUACUGAAUAUUAGUAGUUACUACUACUACUACUAACAGUACUAUUACCCUAUUAACACUAUGGUUCUGCUUAUUCUUUUCUUCCAAUAGCUCCUCUUCUUGUUCUUCCUCCCCCUCCUCCUGAAAAGUAAGGAUGAUUUAAUAUAAAGAGUGAGAAACAGGAAGUCAUGAGUGAAGAAGUGAAAAAGAAAAUAUUUUAGUAAAUGCUAUUAUUAUU